GGGUGUUUCAGCCUAGUGGUUGUUCUUAGCUUCCCGAUAAAGCUCUUCAGGCCCACGGGGCUGAAGCGAAAGAAAGAGAUUGAGAAACGAAAGAGAAGCGAAGGGAAGCAAUUCAAUCCGGCAAGCAAUAAUGCAGACUAGGACGGUUGAAGUGCGGAACAUCUCGGAUCUGGCAAGCGAGAGAGAGAUCCGGGAGUUCUUCUCUUUCUCCGGCGAAAUCGACCACAUUGAGAUGCGAUGUGAUUCUGGGGCUUCGAGAUGCAAGGCGUUCGUUACUUUCAAAGAUCCGAAAGCUCUCGAGAUCGCACUGCUUCUCUCGGGAGCUACAAUUGUAGACCAGAUAGUGAGCAUAAGACCUGUUCAGAAUUACAACCCUGAUGUUGAGGAGCAAGUUGUUGUAUCCCAGGGGACAAGUGAUUAUUCUGAUGUGAACUGUUUGCCAAGUACUGAGCUCCAAAGUAGUUCCUCUGGUGGUGGGCGGAUAUAUGUAAGCAAGGCUCAAGAAGUUGUGUCAGGUGUGCUAGCAAAGGGCUCAGCCCUUGGCCAAGAUGCAAUGAACAGAGCCAGAGCAUUUGAUGAAAAGCAUCAGUUAAGAGCAAAUGCCUCUGCAAAGGCCAUUUCUUUUGAUAGAAGGGUUGGGCUCUCUGAGAAGAUAACUGUUGGCUUUUCUGUUGUCAAUGAAAAAGUCAAGUCAGUGGAUCAAAAGCUACAUGUGUCUGAUAAAACAAUGGCAGCUCUAAUUGUGGCAGAGAGGAAAUUAAAUGAUACAGGUUCAGCUGUGAAAACAAACAGGUAUGUCACUGCUGGAACAGCUUGGCUCAAUGGUGCUUUCAGCAAGGUGGCCAAGGCUGGCUAUGUGGCUGGUACCAGAACCAGAGAGAAGUUCCAAUUGGCAGUAUCCAACUUGACAGCAAAGGAUCCUGUCAUUGCUGCAUGAGUUUGGUAAUGUUGAUGUGGCCAAAAAAGGAUGGCCGCCGGAUCAAAGGGAGUGGAUUGAUUUGCAGUAACAAGUUUGUGUAUGCUUGUCUUUUCUAGACCUGGAAGUGUGCGAGAUGUGUGGGAUCGAGUCUCCUUGUUAAUUGUUGUUUUCUACCUUUAAUUGGCUGCUUUACUAUUUCUUUCAUUUUUCUGGUGUUCCUUAUUGAUUUCAGGAGUGUAGUUGUAUCAAAUUGGGUGGUUGUGCUAGCAGUGAAGUGAAUAUUUUAGGGUUUUGAUAUUGUAUUGUAAGACGGAUACAUUCUUUCAUCUCUUUUACCUAUACCCCGAAUGUUCUUAGGUGCUGUCAAUGAAAGGAAACCCAUUUCUAAGUGCA